ACAAUUGUCCUAGAACAUAAUGUGUCCAGGUGACAGCGGUCAUCUGGAUCUCAAAAUUGUUAAUUGGGCACCAAGCGAUAGGAGAGCGAUAGGAGUGCGAGAGGAGAGAGAGAGCGUGAGAACGGUGUCGUGAUCGUCGCAGGGUCAGAUUAGUCGAGAUAGCGCAGGCCUAGUGAUCGGACCCGUUUUUGAGUUUGAAUAAAGUGACAAACUACAAAACCGCCGAACUAUUAUUUUUGAACGGAACAAUUCUCAAAAACGGCCAAGUAUAGUGCGCUAAAGACGCGGAAAACAGGACAUAGAGACUAUACAAUCCGUGUGCGUUGUGUGCUUAGGACAGAGCGUGGCGUUUUUACCAGCACGUCGGUAAAAUAUAGUGCGUCGUCGUGUGCGUUGUGUAGAUAGUGCAUAGCGUUAACCAGUGCGUCGGACAACUGUACAGAGUGUCGUCGUGUGCGUCGCGUAGUUCAGAGAAGUGCACAGCGUUUUACGAGCACGAAGGGAAUGUAUAGUGUGUCCGUGUGUGCGUUUGUGUAGCUUAAGGAAGUGCACAUCGUUUAACGAGAACGCUAAGGAGCAGUACAUCGGGUCGUCGUGUGCGUUGCACGGUUUGAAAAAGUGCACAACGCUUACCAGGUCGUCGUGAAAAGUACAGAGUGUUCCGCGUUGCGUUCGUGUAUUCUAGGAAGAAACACGUGCAAGCGUGUACAUUCGUGUAUCGUGGUUGUGUGCGCUCGCAGCGUGAAGGUGUACAGCGUUUACCGGUACGCCGGACAAAGCGUAUUGUGCCGAGUGUGAGUUCGUGCCUUUCUAGGAAGAAUCGUGUUUGAACAGGAAUCGGAGUGGCGUGCGCUGCGCAGCUUGAAAGUGUACAACGUUUACCGAUGAAAGCAUUGUGUGUCGUUUUGUGUGGACAUUGUUAGUUCGUGCGCAUCGUCAGGUAUUUCGGCAGAAAACGUUUGUGUCCGUUUAGUUUAAACAAUGCCGAGAGUACGGAGAUCUACAGCGAAGGUGCAGGAAGCUGAUGCUCAGAAGAUGGAUGAAGUUGCUGUUAACGUUUCGCAAGAACUCGUUGAUGAGAACAAUGAUGGUAACGUUACGAUUUUAGAGCAACUGAUCGUAGCUGAGAAAUCCAAGCACGCUACCGAAAUGGCAUUGCGAAAGGAGCUGAUUGAACUGAAAAAACAACAUCAAAUGGAACUACGGGAAUUGCAGGAAUCUUUGGAUUCCAUCACGGAAGAGAAACCGAAGGUUUCACGUCGCAUAACAAAAGAUCAAGCAGCGGCCAGGAAAACUAUUUCUUUGGCACUUCCCAAGUUCUGUGGAGAACCAGAUGUGUGGCCGUUUUUCAUCAGCAGCUUCAAAACAACAACGGAAGAGUGUGGGUUGAACAAUAUCGAGAAUAUGAAGCGUUUGAUGGAUAGUCUGGGUGGAGAAGCAUUGGAGGCUGUGAAAGGCAGACUCAUCUUCCCUGAUGCGGUGCCGGGAGUGAUCAAGGAGCUGGAAAGUCGGUUUGGAAGACCAAGAAAGUUGCUAGAAAACCUGCUACGUAAAGUCCGCGAAACGCCUUCGCCUACAGACAAUCAUUUGGAGAGUUUUAUUACGUUUGGGUUUAAAGUGAAGCAGUUGUGUGACCAUCUGGUAGCAAGCAACAUGACAGACCACCAAAAUAAUCCAUUCCUGGUAGAAGAGCUUAUUGACAAGCUUCCUCCGAGAUGCAAGGUGGAGUGGGUUCGUUUCAAACGUGACAAAGAGGGAAGUGUUAUGGCAAUUUUCGGAGAAUACAUUCAGACAGUGAUCGACGAAGUUUCUGAAGUGACUGAUUGUACACCGGUGAGCAGUCAGAAAGCAGGGAAGUACGAAGCUCUGAAACAACGCUCCAGACCAGUGAAAUCGAAUGCAGUCCAAAUGCGCAACAACGUGCAUGAUUUGGAAAAUAGUGGAGUCAACCAGCUCAAGAUGACCUGUUGGGUGUGCAGCAACACAGGGCAUAGCCUCAAGGAGUGUGACCAGUUUAAGGAGAUGACGCUAGUCGAUCGUUUCAAAACAUUGGAGAAGCUCAAAAUAUGUAAGUUGUGUUUGUCCCGUUCCUGCCGCGGUAAAUGUAAAAUUGCUUACAAAUGUCGGGUAGAAGGGUGUAACAGUAGACAUCAUACAUUAAUGCACUGUGCAGAGGAAGUUCUCCAAGUUCACUCAGAAACAGCUAGCCCUGGAACUGUCAUCUAUCGCACGAUGCCGAUUACACUAUAUGCGGAACGAAGCAGUGUCGAUGUCAUCGCCCUUAUCGACGAAGGGUCGUCGGGAACUUUGCUGGAAGCCGGAGUCGCCAAACGACUGAAUGUUACUGGACCAACGGAACCGCUGGUUAUCUCGUGGACGAACAGCAUCAAGCGUGAAGAACAUGAUUCAAAGAGAUUUUCGUUGAAAACUUCAGCCCAGGGUUCGUCAGAAAGGUGGAAUCUACUGAACGUUAGAACUGUAUCAGAGCUGUUACUGCCUAAGCCAAAAAAGUCAGUAGCUGAAGUAAUCAAGAAAUAUAAACAUCUUUCAGACGUUCCAGUGCUAGACCACCCUAAUGAAGCGCCAUCUAUGAUUAUUGGUCUGGAUAACAUAGAUUUGUUUGCAGCUUUGGAAACUCGAAUCGGCAACCGCGGAGAACCGAUAGCUGUAAGGUCCAAGCUAGGAUGGACGGUGUACGGUGUCGAUGGAUAUCGUAAGGUGUAUAACGUUCCCGUAAAUAUGCACCAGAUCCAGUCUUUGGACAACAGACAGCUGCACGACAUGAUGAAACAACAAUACCAGCUGGAAGAGCUUCGCAGCGAUAACUACAACCCGCCAAUAGCGAACGAAGAACAACGAGCUAGAGAUAUCCUAGAGAAAACCACGUGUCGAGUAGGAGAUCGGUUUCAAACGGGACUGUUGUGGCGUGAUGAUGUUCGAGAACUUCCCGAAAGCUACCCCAUGGCGGAGAAGAGAAUGCUACAACUGUCCAGAAAGCUCAGUAAGAAACCGGAUCUGAACACUGCGGUAUGUCGGAUGAUACAAGAGUAUCAAGACAAAGGAUAUGCUCACGAGCUAGCGGAGUCGGAGUUAGUCGAAGGCGCCUAUGAACCGGUAUGGUAUUUACCAUUGAACGUGGUACAACAUGCAAAGAAGCCAGACAAGAUAAGACUUGUUUGGGAUGCUGCAGCAUCAGUAGAUGGAGUAUCUUUAAACUCUCUACUGCUUAAAGGACCGGACAUGUUGGUCCCGCUUCCGAAGAUCAUCUGUAAAUUCCGUGAGAAACCCAUCGCGUUUGGAGGGGACAUCAAGGAGAUGUUCCAUCAGCUACGGAUUUGUGAGAAAGACAAACAUGCUCAGCGAUUUCUAUUUGGAACAAAGCCCUGCGGAGCACCUCGUGUGUACGUGAUGGACGUUGCGACCUUUGGUGCUACCUGCUCGCCCUGCUCAGCACAGUACGUGAAGAACCUGAAUGCUCGGGAGUUCGCCGAACAGUUUCCCGGAGCAGCGUCAGCAAUCAUCGGGAAUCAUUACGUGGAUGAUUAUUACGACAGUGCAGACAGCGUUGGCGAAGCGGUUGAGUUGGCGAAGGAUGUGAGAUACCACGAUGUUAUUUCGGAGACUCAAGAUCCCAAGACGUAUCAGACAUCCAGCUUCAUGUCUUCACAGAUGCCAGCGAGACGGCCUUUGGAUGCGUGGCUUACCUAAGAGCAAUCGUGCAUGGCAAAGUAUGCUGUACGUUGGUGAUGAGUCGGUCGAAGGUUGCACCCCUUAAACCAUUGUCAGUACCGCGUUUGGAGCUUCAAGCGGCGGUGCUGGGUGUUCGACUGGCGAAAACCGUUAUCGAGU